CUCUCUCUGCGCGCAAUGGCUCUGGAGCGCUGGGCAGAGCGGCUGUCCUUCGGCGCUUUCCAGAGCGGGCUCCCCCGGGGAGCUGCCUAUGGCUACGGCGGGGAGAGCCCCGAGGGGCUGCGCCGGAGGGAGCUCGCCCGGCUGGGAGGAAUUACGUACCUUGACCACGCAGGCACGGCACUCUUCCCACAGAGUUUACUAAAAGCCUUCACUGAUGACCUCAAUGAAAAUGUUUAUGGGAACCCUCACAGCCAGAAUAUCAGCAGCAGAUUGACAUGUGACACAAUUGAACAUGUCCGAUACAGGAUACUGCAGCACUUCAAUACAUCUGUAGAAGACUACACAGUCAUCUUCACUUCAGGCAGUACAGCGGCACUCAAACUUGUUGCAGAGGCCUUCCCUUGGGUUCCUGAAACAGCAGAGGAGCCUGGCAGCCGGUUUUGCUACCUCACUGAUAGCCACACAUCUGUGGUGGGCAUGAGAGCAAUCGCUGAUGCAAUGAAUGUAUUGUCAGUUCCAGUGGAACCAAAGGAUAUACAGUCGGGGACAGAUGACUUGGUGGCUGGAGGGAACAGCUGCAAAACACCUCACCUGUUCUGCUAUCCUGCUCAGAGCAAUUUUUCAGGGACUAGAUAUCCCCUUGCAUGGAUAGAACAGAUAAAAUCUGGGCAGCUCCGCCCCAUCGAGGUCCAAGGGAACUGGAGUGUACUCUUGGAUGCAGCAUCUUAUGUCAGCACUUCUCUGUUAGACUUAAGCCUUCAUCAAGCAGACUUCGUGCCUCUGUCAUUCUAUAAGAUGUUUGGAUUCCCUACUGGUCUAGGUGCACUGCUGGUAAAGAAUGAAGCUGCUUCUUGCCUGACGAAAGUCUAUUUUGGAGGGGGAACUGCAGCUGCCUACCUCGCAGGAGAGGAUUUCUAUCUGCCGAAAAAAUCAGUGGCUGAGAGGUUUGAGGAUGGGACCGUUUCUUUCCUUGAUAUUAUUGCACUAAAGCAUGGAUUUGAUGCCUUGGAAAGACUUACAGGUGGAAUGAAGAACAUAGAACAACAUACAUUUGCCUUAGCUCACUACACCUAUAGAAUCCUCUCUACGUUAACAUAUCCUAACGGGGCACCUGUUGUGCAUCUUUACAGUGAUACAGACUUCAGCAGCCCCGAGGUCCAGGGUCCAAUCAUUAAUUUUAAUGUAUUGGAUGAAAACGGAGAUAUAGUUGGUUAUUCACAGGUAGACAAGUUGGCUGGGCUGUACAACAUACACAUUCGCACAGGCUGUUUCUGUAAUACUGGAGCUUGUCAGCAACAUUUGGGGAUCAGCAAUAAUGACAUCAAAAAGAACCUGCAGGCUGGGCAUGUCUGUGGUGAUGACAUAGAUGUAGUUGAUGGACGUCCCACUGGGUCUGUGAGAAUCUCAUUUGGCUAUAUGUCUACGUUUGAAGAUGCACAAGCCUUUCUGAAGUUCAUCAUAACCACCCGACUCAUUGGCUGCAACAUGGUUAAUAUUCCAUCUCCAAGACAGACUAUUUCAGAAUUGGUAGCGUCUCCCAGGGAGAACGGUCACACCUGUGAUAACAGCAGUGCAAAUAAGCUGCCUCCGGACAAGAGCACCGGGGACACUGGACUUAGUACCUGUUCCACUUCAGUGAACAUGCCGGUCAGUCUACAGCUAGCCAAGAGACAUUCAGAAAGAGACAUGACUGAGGUUUUUGGGAACCCAGAAGACAUGCCAAGUGGUAGAAGGCCAGUCACCGUCACCAACAUUUAUCUCUACCCAGUCAAAUCAUGUGCUGCAUUUGAGGUGAUGCGAUGGCCCAUUGGAAAUAAAGGUUUGCUGUAUGAUCGUAGCUUCAUGGUUGCAAAUCACAAUGGAGUUUGCAUUACUCAAAAGCAGGAACCAAGACUGUGCCUUGUGCAGCCCUUUAUUGACCUGGAGCAAAAUGUGAUGAUCAUCAGAGCAGAAGGGAUGGAUCCCAUUUCUGUAUCCUUAGAAGAGAGUGAAAGUCUGACUCAGAUCUGCCAGAGUAAAGUCUGCUCACACAGAGUGCAGACACACGAUUGUGGAGGAAUGGUGGCUGAUUGGUUUUCUGCGUUUCUUGGCCGGCAGUGCCGCCUGAUCAGGCAGAGUUCAGACUUCAAAAGAAAUGCUAAUAAGAAAGAUGAAAAAGACUCUGCUGUAAGGGCCUCACUCUCUCUAGUAAAUGAAGCACACCUCCUGAUCAACAGAACAAGUAUUUUACAGCUGAGAGAUAAAGUUGUCGAAAGACUAGGUGAAUCACUUCCCCCGCAGGAACUCGUCCACCGCUUCCGUGCCAACAUUGUAGUCAGCACAGACGAGCCGUUUGAAGAAGACCUGUGGGAGGAGAUUGCAGUAGGUCCCCUGCGUUUCAAGGUUAUCGGGCCAUGCCACAGAUGCCUGGUUAUCUGCAUUGAUCAAAAAACUGGAGAACGGAACAAGGAAUUUCUUCAGACUCUGGCUGCCACUAAAGACAAAAAAACUAAGUUUGGAAUAUACCUGAUGAAUCAUCCUGAGAUGGAGGUCUCCCAUCCAGAUACAUUGUCAGUGGGAUCGCCAGUGUUUGCAGCAGUGAAGAACAUCAUCGCAUGUUGACCAUCUGCUGAAGAGCAAGCAGGUGGAUGAUUCCUCAGCUAAACCUGCAUAUGGGACAGUCUUGCAGAUUAUUCAUAUGUGUUCUCAACAGCAAUAUGAUCUUCUCCAAUAUUAUGAGUAAAAGGUCAAUCACCUUUAAACAUUCAGAAAUGACAUGUCACAGCUAAUCAAGUGGGUCAAUUUUUGCAACUCUAUAUAGUUGAUCAUUUGAUUUCUUUUUUCCCCAUUCAGGUUCAUGAGAGACUGUUGCAGGGCAGUGAUGCUGACUAGGACAUUUAAUGUCCUCAAAAUGCCACUUCACAAGUUAGAUUGAUAGUUAAUAACCUCAAAUAGUCCGCUGAUUUAAAUUAAGUAUGGUGUGUGUGUGCAUUGUGUGGGGGUGGGGGGAGAGAAGAAAUAUUGCUUUAGAUAAGAAACAGAGAUAGCUGACUGGAAGUGAAGUACCUUGGGAUUCAAAGGCUUUAAACAUGGAUAGUAAAUUUUCUGCCUUGUUGCAGUGGCUGCUGUUAGCUUCCACUGAUGCCACUGCUUGUAAAUAAAAACAAAUGCAAGUAGCACCUGCAA